AUGGAGCACUACGUACCUCGCGACCACACCACGUCCAACGUGCUUGCGUGGACCACCACAAACUCGGCCAACGUCGAACCGUCGGUGGAGGAAGAUUCCGGCGCAGAAACAGACGAGCCACCGGAAUUAUUGGUGCCGAUAUCGCUUAUUUCCACUCAUUUCCAACGAACACCGAUUCGACGCGGCAGCGAACAUCACGAGUCGCUCUUGACCAAGGCGUUGCAGAGCCAAUCGGAUGAGGACGACUCCGAAGUCCACCCGCAGUCUCGUCGGCGGCGGUCCGUCACGAGCAAUACCAGUUUCGCCUCAACCGCCGAUCUCACCUGCGCCACGGGUUUCACGACUCCAGCCCGCACAAGCUCGCCGAGCCCGCGUUUGCCCAAUGUCGCCUUCUUCCCUCUCACUACCGUAGUGGCACGGGACGCGUUGCAGAACAAGGGACUCGAUGUGUCUACACUGGCAAAGAAACGGUGCAUCUCGUUCGCCUGCGCAGCCAAACCGAAACCCGAUGAGAAGACGGCGAUGCUCCCACCUCCUAGGCCCACCCAAGCCGAGGCGAACGUGGAAGCGCCUGCAAAGAAGAGAGCCAUCAAGUUUGCCUGCCCGUCACAACCGCAGAAGGCCAAGGAUGCCCAGCAGCUCGACGCGCGACCGCGGACCCCAGUGCCGCGGGGAAACCUCGACACGUCCAAGGAACGUUCUUCGUCAACGGUUCGUGCUUUUCGCUCCCCGACGUCCCGCCGGACACCCGGCAGCCCUAUGGCCAUUCGGAAGAAGGGAUGGAUCACGGCAGGUGCCGGGGAAAUGGAAAGCGACGUCGUGCGAUUCCACGAGUUUGCCAGCGGCGAGUCGCAGGAGGACGACUGGAUCCGACGUGAUCACGCUUCUAUGCAGCCUAAACUUACCAUCGACGACACUCUCAAGAAGGAGAAUGCCAUUCGGAAAUUGGGCAAGGAAGCGGAAGAGGAGGCCGAGUUGGAAGAUGAGAUCGACGAGGAGGAGGAUGAGGAAGUUGAUGAGGCAGACCUCAUUGACGAUGAUGACGACGACGAUAACGAGAGUGAAUCUCGAGAUGACGACGACGAUGACGAGGACGAGGACGACCAAGACGAGGAUGACGAAGACGACGAAGGCCAGGGCGAUGCUGACACCGAGCUCGCCUGGGCAUCCGAGGCUUCUGACGGGUACAAGACGGACAACGAGACUGGCUUCGCCGAGUCCGAUGACGAGGAUGAUGACCUAGUGCUGUGGACCACCCGCGUUGGCCACUACGAGUCUCUCCCUGGUGUUGUAUCGAUAACUCGGCGGCUAUCGCAGGGCGAGAAGUCUGACUCAUCCACAUCGUCUAGCCAGGGGUCGAGUCAGUCACGCAAGAAGCGCUCAAAGACACGUCCGGUCGCUUUCCGAUCGGAGACGCCAGAACUGCCUGACAGCACUGAUUUCGUCUGCGGCACCUUGGAUGAGGACAGACCACUGGAGGAGGCGUACAUCACGUGUGUUGAGGAACGACGACGGGGUCGGCAACAGCUGAUCCCUCAGGAUAUCGAUCCCAGCUUCCCCACCUCAGAGCCCGAGGACGAGGGCGACGAGUUGCACAGAAAGGGAUAUGGCGAGAGCGAGGACCAUCUUUGGCUGCAUGGCGAACUCGAGGACCUUGACCACGACCGCGACCGCAGGGGCCGUAAGAAGAAGGGAAACGUCCCGUCCCCCAAGAGAUGCCGUUCGCCCCCGCCGAAGCGGCGCCCGUCGCCGGCGCCCAAGGCCCGCGGUCGAUCUCCUCGGAAGCCUUCUGACCAACGGCCUCCCCGCCUACGAUCUCCCAUGCCACUCGCGGCAUCCAAGACCCCCGUCAUCUCCCCGCUACACGAGAGCGAAGCGGUUGUUUUCAAGUCCUUGGCGUUCCGGUCUGGCUUGACUCACACCAAGUCGCUACCCAAGAGAUCCAACCUGAUCCCUCAUCUCAAAGCCCGCAAGUCAAAGACGGGCACGGCUACGAAAGACACUCAUGUUCGCGGUGCCAUCGACAUUGUCAAAGGUCUCGAGCAGAAGAGGCUACGGCGGAAGGAGAAGUACAACCAAAAGUACUACGACCGAGCGCGGAAGGAAAAGGCGCACGCGAAGCGGCCGCCUCCGGGGCAGGGCGCGUCGCGCAUGAGGGAACUCGGCCUGAUCAUGGCGGGCAAAGUUGGGCACGUUUACGACGUCCUGUCGUCGCUCGGUCUGCUCAACAAGCACGCCAAGUUGCUGUUCCUGGGCCUCGACAAUGCCGGAAAGACGACACUGCUACACAUGCUGAAGAACGACCGCGUCGCGAUCCUGCAGCCGACCCUGCAUCCGACUUCGGAGGAACUGUCGAUUGGCAACGUGAGGUUUACGACCUUUGAUUUGGGCGGCCAUCAGCAAGCCCGUCGUCUCUGGAAGGACUACUUCCCCGAGGUCAACGGCGUCGUCUUCCUCGUCGACGCCAAGGACCACGAGCGCUUCCCCGAGGCCAAGGCGGAGCUGGACGCGCUCCUGUCGAUGGAGGAGCUGUCCAAGGUGCCGUUCGUCAUCCUGGGCAACAAGAUCGACCACCCGGACGCGGUCUCGGAGGACGAGCUCCGCCACCAGCUGGGCAUGUACCAGACGACGGGCAAGGGCAAGGUGCCGCUCGAGGGCAUCCGGCCCAUCGAGGUGUUCAUGUGCUCGGUGGUUAUGAGGCAGGGGUAUGGCGACGGCAUCCGUUGGCUGUCUCAGUACGUGUAG